AUGCGCUUCUCCAAGCACGUCCUCCCUAUUGCCAUCCUCCUCACCGGUGUCAUCGCCGCCGCCAAGGACGAGGAGUCUACCACUGCCGUCGAAAAGGCCAAGGCUACCGACGACAAGGCCUCCGCGACUGCCGACGACUCCAAGACAGCGGACGCAACAGAAGAGGCUUCUGCAACUGCUACGGGCAAGGACGAUAAGAAGGAAUCAAAGACCGACAAGUCCGAUACCAAGUCUGCCACAAAGGAGAAGUCGGCUGCUUCUCAAACCACGGCUGAUGGACCUACGAUUACCUGGGACCCUCCUGCUCCCAAGACCACGGUCCCUGAUAUCAACGCUGGUUCUCCUUCGCCCAUGACUCCUGGUGUUGUUGUUCUGUCGUUGGUACUCGGCAUCACAUCUCUCGGAAUGGCCCUUCUAUAA